UUUUUAGAAGGCUGUGCAACUGACAAAAGCACGGCGCCAUAUUGCGUGCUUGUGUUUGGUUACUGUUCUGGCGCGUGGUCGAGAAUUGUUAUAUUUAAUUAAAUACCAUGUCCGAUAACCAGGAACAAAAACCCGAAGCCGGCCCUGGCGACGCGAAUUCCGAAUACAUCAAGCUUAAAGUCGUUGGGAACGACAGCAAUGAAAUUCACUUUAGGGUAAAGAUGACUACUCAAAUGGGUAAACUGAAGAAAUCGUAUAGCGAUCGUGUGGGUGUUCCUAUGACAUCUCUAAGGUUUCUUUUUGAUGGUAAAAGAAUUAAUGAUGAUGAAACACCAAAGCAGCUUGAAAUGGAAAAUGAUGAUGUUAUUGAAGUAUAUCAAGAACAAACUGGUGGUCACUACUGAAGAAAUUAAAUCAAUUAUUCAGUUUUAAUAUCUUCUAAAGUGAAAGUGACUAUCAUAAAGAAAUGGACAAGUUUAUCAGUAUGUAUAUGUAUGUUAUGAAAGCAUUAUGUAAUUUGGUUUUUUUAUGUAAAAUUUUGAUGUGCUGUUCUACAUUCCUGUAUUGAGGCAAGAUUAAGGACAUUCGACAGUCAGUUUCAUGCAAUAUUACCCUACAUUCAUCAGAAGUAAAAAAAAAAGAAGAAAAUAACAAAAGAAAAAAAAUCACCUUUAAUGUUAUCAGUUUUGUCUAUUAAUAAUAUCUGACAAUGUAUUUAUAUUUUUUAAGUUUCUAAACUCGUAGAUCUAAAUUUCAGAUGUCACGAAAAAAAAUGUUAAUUAUAACACGAUAAUUAUUAUAUAGUAUGAACAUGAUUUAACAAAAUUGUUGCAUUUAAAGUACAUCUAUAAUAAAAAAAAAGAGUAAUUGUAAUAUUUUCUGUUUGCCUUGUCAAUGUAAUUCUAAUGGUAAUAGAAGUAUUUUUAACUUUGAAAACGUAAGUUAAUAAUACCCAAACAGUGUUUUUUCUUCUUUUGACGAUUAUAGAGUAAUUAAUUUAUUGUAAGUAAUGUGGAUGCUUUUCGAGGAAUUUUCAUUAUUAUAGUUUACUUUUAAGACAACAAAUAUCGUUACAUUUAUGUAAAUGUUAAUAAUGUUUUUUUUAGAAACACAAUUUGAAUAGCAUCAGCGAAAAAUACGGAUCAAAGGACUUUUGAUCUGUUAAGCUUGAAAGACAUAUAAUUUUAAUUCGGAAAAUAUUGAUUCUGUAUAAGCAUCUCCAUUACAAAACAUUUACUCUAUGAUUUAAUGGAAUAAACUUUCUACGAAUUGUAAUAAAACUUAUUCUUGUACAGAUAAGUAAUACAGUUUUGUUUACUAAUGUGUAAAAGUUGACCGGCAUUUUUCUUUGACUGUCAUAUAUUUAAACAGCGAAUUCUUGGAAAUAAAAUAAACUUCUUUUGAAAUAACGAAAACAAUUUACAUAAUAGGCAUUUCUAUAGUUAGAACGGAUAAGUAAGGUAUAAUAAUUAACAUUAGUAGUAUUCUCUUUAACGAAAUGUAGAACGCGUUUAAUGGUAAGAAUGCUCUCAUAUAAAUAGGUUCCCAUUUCCGUAUCAAAGGCAGAAAAUGAUUUUGAUAUAAACAACAUUGUAAUAAUCAUUAGAUUAACGUUUACUGGGUUUCAUCGAUUUCACGAACAAGUUUACAUCUGCCUAGAGCGCUAAAUACCUGUAAUAAAUAUCUAAGAAAUAAAAUUAAUUAUUCAUCUUUCUCUA